GGUUCGUUUUCCCGCCAAAACACAGGCAUUCGUUGUCUUCGACCCUAAUGCUUCUUUACUCUUUGUAAUCGUUCUGCAUUUGAACCACCAAUGGACAUGGAUAUGGACAUUCCGCUUCCAGAAGAGCUCGAAUUGCUCGAAGCCCAACUUCACGACCACCACGAAGACUACCUGGACCUAGAACCACCCGAACCCUACCCAGAAGAUGAACAACAACAACAGCAACAACAACGUUCCCACUUCAGAUCACCGCCGUCCGACGAUGAUCCUCCAUCAUCCACCCCAGGAGUUCAAUCCAACGGCCAGAAGCGCUCUCGAACAACGGACGGUCCCGAUGCGUUGCUGGUUCUGGAAGAGUCUGGACCGUCGGAUGAGAAACGUAGCAGGACCACCGUCGAAGAGGAUCUGCCGAAUGAAGCCGAUGAGGAUUGGCUCAGGUACUCGCCGCCGCCGGAGGAGAGCGAACCUAUGGUGGUGGAAGAACCUGCUGUUGUUGAGGAGGAGAAGUUUGUGUGGAGGUAUGCGUCGGAGAUUGAUGGCGAUUUUAUCCCCGUGACGGCGCCGUCUGGUGGCGAUAGGGUUUAUGCGAAGAUAAAUAGGUUUGAGAAGGUAGAGCAGCCGAAGAAGAAGUUUGAUGUUGUUUCGCAGUCUGGAGGUCUUAUUUUGGAACCAAUAAAUGUUCUAUUGCAAAAAGCGGAGCAAGAGGCUUUCACUAAGGCCAUGCAAGCUAGUUCUGGCGAACCGAAUGAUAUAAUCCCUCCUGAAACUCCAGUAGUUCAUGAACAACUUUGGGUGGAUAAAUAUGCCCCAAAUUCGUUUACUGAGCUACUUAGUGAUGAACAGACAAACCGUGAGGUCCUUCUAUGGUUGAAACAAUGGGAUUCUUGUGUUUAUGGUUCUGAGGUUAGGAGUACCCCAGAUGAUGUUCUAUCUGCUUUAAGACGACAUUCUUCAAUUUCUCAACAUCGAAAAUCUCUGGAUUCUAAUUUUCCAAGGAAGAACAGAGGAUCAAGAUGGAAUAAGGAAGAUUUUAGUCAUUCUAAUGCUUUGGACCAUAAAGAUAGUGGUGCGAAAGGUGUUCAAGACUUGUGGAACAAAAAAUCAAGGUCUACAGGUCCACCAGAACAGAAGAUCCUACUACUUUGUGGUCCCCCAGGGCUGGGGAAGACAACACUUGCGCAUGUAGCUGCAAAACAUUGUGGAUAUCGUGUUAUAGAGGUUAAUGCUAGUGAUGAUCGGUCAUCAUCAACAAUUGAAGCAAAAAUUCUUGAUGUAGUGCAGAUGAACUCUGUCACUGUUGACUCGAGGCCAAAGUGCUUGGUGAUUGAUGAAAUAGAUGGAGCUCUUGGUGAUGGCAAAGGUGCUGUGGAGGUUAUUCUAAAGAUGGUUUCUGCAGACAAGAAGUCUGAUACAGGGAAGGAGAAUUUUCCAAAUGAAGAAAAUCAUGAAAGAACAUCUGCAAAGAAGGGGCGUAAAACUGCAUCUCUGUUGAGACCCGUAAUUUGCAUUUGUAAUGACCUCUAUGCCCCUGCUUUGAGACCGUUGCGUCAGAUAGCAAAGGUUCAUGUAUUUGUUCAACCAACAGUUAAUCGUGUUGUCAGCAGGCUUAAAUAUAUAUGUAACAAAGAGGGAAUGAAAACUAGUUCAAUUGCACUUACUGGACUUGCCGAAUAUACAGAAUGUGAUAUACGCUCAUGCUUGAACACACUUCAAUUCCUCAAUAAGAAGAAGGAAACCCUCAAUUUGUUGGAGCUCAGUUCUCAAGUCGUUGGUCGAAAGGACAUGUCAAAAAGCAUUUUUGAUAUCUGGAAAGAGAUUUUCCAAAAGAGAAAGAUUAAACGAGAAAGGACUAAUACUAGCAGCCAGCCUGCAUCAAGUGAAUUUGAGUUUUUGCAUUCUCUCGUUUCCAACCGUGGUGACUAUGAUAUGAUAGUGGAUGGUGUGCAUGAAAACUUUUUGCAGCUCCAUUAUCACGAUCCAGUGAUGCAAAAGACUGUCAAGUGCUUGAAUAGUCUUGGUGUAUCUGAUCUUACGCACCAAUAUAGUAUGCGUACACAACAGAUGGCGCUUUUUGUCUACCAGCCAGCUAUUGCAAUCACUGUACAUCGUUUGGUAGCCCAAGUUCAAAAACCAAAUAUUGAGUGGCCAAGGUCUUAUCAAAGAUUCCGAACUACGUUGAUGGAGAAGAUGGACACUUUACGAUCUUGGUUCUGUGAAAUUCCACCAUAUAUUUCAAGGCAUUUGUCAACAAAUUCCUUCAUAGAGGAUUCAGUUUCACCACUGUUACAUAUUCUGUCUCCAUCCACUCUACGGCCAGUUGCAGUGACCUUACUAUCAGAGAAAGAGAAGAGUGAUCUGGCUCAUUUAGUUAGCGCGAUGGUAUCUUAUUCUAUAACAUAUAAGAAUGUGAAAUUCAGCCCUAUGCCUGGUGAACAUAGACAUGAAACAACUUCAGAUGCCUUGGCUUUUGAUCCGCCCAUCAGUGACUUUGUUAACUUCAAGGGCUAUACAUCUGGCCAUUAUGUAGUUCCCUUAGCAAUGAAGCAGGUGUUGGUGCAUGAGGUUGAAAAACAAAGGAUCUUUCAAGUAAGUACUGGAAGAUCCGUGCACUUGAUGGAUGGAUGCAACAAGGAAAACCAAAUUCUUUUUGGAAAAGAAACUAGUGGACCGCAACCUGCUAAAGGUGCUCUUGCUGAAAAUCCAACUACUAUUUCAAAUCUGAGGCAGUCUAAACCCACUACAUCCACCAUUACGUCAGAAUUUGGUUCUAGUUCAAAUGCUGCCACAGCCAGUGUGAAACCAAAGUCCUCCGGGGAUAAGAAAAGGUCUCAUAAUCCCUCCAGUUUCUUUGACAGGUUUAGAAAGACGAACAAUAAAGCUUCAGAGAACACUGACAAUUUUGUGCAGCAUGAAGAAACCUUGGAGAGAGAUUUACGUCCACUGCUAUUUAAAUUUAAUGAGGGUUUUACAAAUGCAGUAAAAAGGCCAGUUCGUAUCCGUGAAUUUCUGCUAUGAUCAAUAAUGGCCUUUAUAAGCAACCUUUUUUAUUUUUUUAUUUAUUUAUUUUUUAAUGCUUCUCUCUCUCUCUCUCUCUAUAUAUAUAUAUAUAUAUAUAUAUAUUAUUAUUAAACUAUAUUUGUGAAAAUAACCAAGUAACAUCCAAACUUUCCUUUUUCUUAGACAUAAAAACUUUGGUCUGUACCA